AUAUUUAACAUUGUCAAAGCAAGCUAAAAAAUAUAUAGUAAUGAUCCGUCAAAGUUACCCCGAUUGACUGUAUUAUUUUUGCGUUGUUGUAAUUUUUUUUUGACUUAAUUGUGACAUUUCCUUUAAUUUGUGAUAACAAUAAUUUCAAGCGUUUUAUAUUGGGCGCGUUCCACAUAGCGACGACAACGACCGCAACAGCCUCAACGCCCUGUUUGUCUCGUCGCGAGCUAACACUCGACGUCAUAGAUGACGUCACUAUUUGUGACCACAUCGCGCCCACUUCGACCAAAUAAUAUGGGUGGGCUUAGAGUUGCCUUUUAUCUAAACGUGGCUGGAAUUAACAAAAAAAAACCUGUCAGUGUCAAAUUGUGAACGUUCUCUUAUUCGAUUCGGCAAAAUGCAACGAUGAAUUCCCGGGAACCCGUGUUGAAUUAAGUUAUAUUCCAAUCCAUGCGAAAUAUGUACUCCCAACCCCCUACAGCUGCAUGUUUUCACCAUACCGCCAUAUUGCAAGCACACAGCUGAUACCUGACAGCGCCCAAAUAUGUGUUCCUCUUAUAAACUUCGCCUACAACUACAUUUUUUACGGUAGUGGAAUGGUUAUUUCAGUUGUCGUUGUUAUUGUAGGCCUGUAGUAGAACGUGCUCAAUAUAUUAUGGGGUAAUAUAUUUUAAGAGCUGGCAGCACGCUGUCAACCUUGUUGACAGGAAUGACAGAUGUCAAUGCAUUAUUUACGAAGCAUUUUUGUUGUUUAACGUUUUCGUCAUUUAUGUAGAUUAUUACAUAGUCAUGAUUGUUCGCUUCGCAUUAGAUUAAAUCUGUUUUAAAAAGUAACAGACAGGUUCCAGUAAGAAAGAAAAAAAAAACGGUUGUUCGAAUUUUCGUUUUAUUAAAGCUUUGUUAUUAAAAAAAAUUGUUGCAACUCUCAUUUUAACGAGAUUUUAUGAUUAAUAAUGAAUUUUAAAAUAGAAGACAGUACUAACGAAAAAGUACCUUCAAAGUUUGAAGAAAUUAUAAAAGACAUCACCAGAAAAAGAUCAACACAAAGCUUAGAAUCGAUACGAAAAGAUCUAUUUCUUACACUUGUUGUUUAUAUUAUGACAGAAAAUGGGUUUUUGCCAGUUUUUCAGAAAACAGUUGAAAACUGUUCAGAAAAUAAUAUAGCUAUGGAUAAAAUAUCUGGUCUGACAUUAGAUACAGAAAAAUGUGAGAUAGAUUUUAUAUUAGUGGGCUUUGAUGAUAUAACAGUAAAAUUAAUAUUAUGUCCGUUGGGAAUAACAGUUUUAGUAAAUGUAUUCAUUAGUGAUGUAAAUUCAGAUGUUUAUUCUGUUUGUUUUUCAAUAAAUCAGUAUGUUGUUUCUCCCGAGGCCUUAAUUGUGCCAAUGAUUUUUCGUAACUUAAAGCACUUUUCAAAUAUAUUCAAAAACAAAAUUAUUACCCCAGUAAAGAGUUCUAUCCGUAAUUUUUAUGGCUACUCCAGUGCAAGUUUAUUGGGACUUCCUGAAGAGUUAUUGUUUAAUAUUUUCUUGAGACUUCCAAUUAAUGACAUUAUAAAUGUUUCUCAAACAUGUAAAAAGUUGGCUUUGUUGUUGAAAAAUCGUAGUUUCUGGCAUAAACUCUUACUAAGAGAUUUUAAAAAUGAACUUGUUGGUGACAAAGAUGACUUGAAAAAAAUAUAUAAGGACGCAUAUAUUGCUGAACAAGAAUCAAGGCAAAGAUCAAGUCAAUUGCGUUGUAGAACAGGAACACUACAUGACUUAAUGGAUUUAUCUGAUUUUGUGUCAUAUAUUGAUAAUCCUUUAUGGGAUGUUAUAAUUUAAUCAUAUAUUUUUAUUUUUACUGUAAAUCUGGAAAUAAAUUUUAUUAACUUAUGGUUUUCAAAA